UCCAACGUACAUCUAUCAUCUAUUCAGUCGUAGGUGCAAGGAAGAAGAAGAAGGAAGGAGCAAAAUGUCUCCGAUGGUCAAGGGUGUUGCGGCGAAGGAGAGGGUGGCGUACGUGACGUUUCUUGCCGGCUCCGGCGACUACUGGAAGGGCGUGGUGUGUCUUGCCAAGGGCCUCCGCGGCGUCAAGUCGUCGUACCCGCUGGUGGUGGCCGUCCUCCCCGACGUCCCCGGCGCCCACCGCCGUGCCCUGCUCGACCAGGGCUGCCUCGUCCGCGAGAUCCAACCCGUGCUCCCGCCGGAUAGCCAGACCAAGUUCGCCAUGCCUCACUACAUCAUCAACUACUCCAAGCUCCGCAUCUGGGAGUUUGUGGACUAUGAGAGGCUGGUGUUCCUUGACGCGGACAUCCAGGUUUACGCGAACAUCGACCACCUGUUCGACCUGGAGGCGGGUCAGCUGUACGCCGUGAAGGACUGCUUCUGCGAGGGGGCGUGGGGCGAGCAGUGCCAGGAGAUGGCGGCAUGGUUCCCGAAGCCGCCGCCGCAAUACUUCAACGGCGGCAUGUUGGUGCUCGAGCCCAGCCUCGCCACCGCCAAGGCCCUCCUCGACAGGCUCGCCCUAACGACGGGGUUCACCCCGUUUGCCGAGCAGGACUUCCUCAACAUGUUCUUCAAGGACGUGUACAAGCCCAUCCCGUGGGUGUACAACCUACUGGUUUCCAUGCUGUGGAGGCACCCCGAGAAGGUCCAGCUCGGCAAGGCCAAGGUGGUGCACUACUGCGCCCUGGGUUCGAAGCCGUGGAGGUUCACCGGGGAGGAGCCACACAUGGACAGGGAAGAUAUGAAGAUGCUGGUGAACAGGUGGUGGGACAUCUACAACGACGAGAGCCUCAACUACAAGCACGCCGCUGAUCCGCUGCGGGUUGCUCUGACUGAGGCCGGUGCCGUCAAGCACUUCUCCACGCCCUCUGCAGCGUAG